AUGGCAUCAAGAUUAGGAAAUGGGAAGACUUGGGUAGCCAAUAUGGUGUUCUGCUUCUUCUUCUUCUUCUUCUUGUCUGUACACAUGAAUGCAGGUUUAGAUACAGUCAACAACGCCACCAACAAUGGCGUGCAAGGUUCUUCUAGUCAAAAGCUUGAGGUUGAGAAUCUUUUGAAGAAGUUGAAUAAACCGGCCGCUAAGUCUAUUAAGUGUCCUGAUGGAGACAUAAUCGACUGCGUCUCUCUUCUGAAACAACCUGCUUUUGAUCACCCAAAGCUCAGAAAUCACAAAAUCAAGAUGAGGCCAACUUUCCGACCAGAAGAAAAGACAAUAUCUGAAAACAGUAAAACGUCUUCAAGGUCAAAGCCAUCAAUUGUUCAGCCAUGGCACCAAAUCGGAAGUUGCCCAAAAGGAACCAUUCCGAUAAGAAGAACAAGAAAGGAGGACAUACUGAGAGCAAGCUCUAUCCAACAGUUUGGGAAGAAGAAUCUCAAAACUGUCCCUUUACCUUGCCCUGUAAAGUUAAGUCCGAUCUUAACUUGUUCAGGCCGCCAGGAUGCUGUAGUUUAUGUGGAUGGAGAAAAAUAUUAUGGAGGCAAAGCAACUAUUAACGUGUGGCAGCCUUCUGUGGAGAAGGAUGAGUGGAGUUUCUCUCAGAUUUGGGCUAUAAAUGAUGCUGAUAUUAAAAAUCUCGAUACCAUUGAAGCUGGUUGGCAGGUGUAUCCAGAGCUGUAUGGGGAUAAUACGACCAGACUUUUUACAUACUGGACUAGUGAUUCAUAUAAGAGUACUGGAUGUUAUAAUCUUUUUUGUUCUGGAUUUGUUCAACUUGAUGCUGGAAUCGCUGUGGGAGGACGAAUCUUACCAAUAUCUGUCUAUGGUCACUCUAAUUCCCAAUAUGAUAUCACUAUCAUGAUAUGGAAGGAUAAAAGCAACGGAGACUGGUGGUUGGAAUUUGGCGAUAAAGUUAUAGGAUAUUGGCCUUCCUCUCUGUUCCCACGCCUAUCUGAUAGUGCAACAUACAUACAAUAUGGAGGUGAAGUGGUAAACAGAAAACCUAAUGGCCAACACACCACAACGCAAAUGGGAAGUGGGCAUUUUCCUUCAGAAGAUUUUGGAAUAGCUAGCUAUUUCAACAAUAUUAAAUUCAUUAAUUCCCAAAACCAACUCAUGCCUCUUGAUUACUUGGUCCCUGUCAAUGAUUAUUCCAAUUGCUAUGAUCUCAAAUAUGACCAUGAUGAUAAUGGUUGGGGCAACUUCUUCUUUUAUGGAGGACCUGGUAGAAACCCUAAUUGCCCAUGA